AGGUCUUCUGACAGAGUUUGCCCUUUAACCACUCUCCCCAGCACCCAGCACGCAGAAAGGGUGGAGGGGUAAGAGGUUGUUGCUGUAAAAACACAACAGUCACAGUAGAGCUUCAACUGCCACCAAAGGUUGGCUUGCCACCUGAAGCAGGACUACGCGGAGAUCUGCAGCUGCUGCCCAGGAGGUGCAAAGAGGAAGAAGCGGAGGCGCAGCCAGGGUAGAGGCCAGCAAUUAGCGUCCCCAGCAGGAGCCAUGGCCUGGCCACCUGCCUGCUGGCUGUGGGUUCUGGGGGCUCUGGCGGGGCUCUCGGCCACCCCAGCCCCCAAGAGCUGCCCAGAGAAGCACUACUGGGCUCAGGAGAAGCUGUGCUGCCAGAUGUGUGAGCCCGGAACGUUCCUCAAGAAGCACUGUGACGGGCAGGGAAAGGCCGCUCAGUGUGAGCCGUGUGUACCAGGGAUCUCCUUCUCCCCAGACCACAACGCCCGGCCCCACUGCGAGAAUUGCCGGCACUGCCACUCCGGUCAUCUCAUUCGAAACUGUACCCCCACCGCUAACACUAUGUGUACCUGCCCCCGGGGCUGGGAGUGCAUGGACAAGGAGUGUACCGAGUGCUAUCCUGCUAGGAACCCCACGCUGACCCCUCGUCUAUCGCCGGCCCCAGGCCCACAAUCCACCCCCUCACCUUACACCCAAAAGUUGCCGGAGGCCAGGACAGCAGCCAGGCACAUGCAGACUCUGGCUGACCUCAGGCUGCCUGCUCCAGCUCUCCCGACUCAACGGCCAGCCCAGAGGUUCCUGUGCAGCUCAGAAUGCAUCAGAAUUUUCGUGAUCCUGUCUGGAAUGUUUCUUGUUUUCACCGUGGUCGGAGCCCUGUUCCUCCAUCAACGAAGAAAAAAUGGACAAAACAAAGGAGACAGUCCCGAGGAGCCUGCUGAGCCCUAUCCCUACAGCUGUCCCAGGGAGGAGGAAGGCGAAGCCAUCCCCGUGCAGGAGGAUUACCGAAAGCCAGAGCCUGCUUCCUACCUCUGAGCCUGCACUCCCCAGCAGGGGUCAUCCCUGCAGAAGAGGCCUGGCCCCCACCCGGGCCCACUGCCCAGCCAGGGGCAAUGACACCCAGCGACCGCAAAUGAGUGCCAGGCCCUCGGCAGACCCUUUCCGCACGGCAGCCUUGAGAAAGGACCUUUGGAGACUGGCAUGACAGGGACACGUGGGAGGUGGAGGGUGGGAAGCGGGAUGUGUCCCGGCCCAUCCAGCGUCACCUCCGUGCCGGAGGCGGGCCGGGGUUCCAGCUGUCAAACACACCUGCGCCCAGGAAAGCCCCACGUGCUGUAUUUAGAAACAGCAAAAUAAAGUGAGAGA